CUGGGAGGGGGCGUGUUUUCACAUGGGUUAGACAGCCAGCAAUAGAAGAGGGGAUGGCGAGGGGAGUGGGACCUCUGAGACGCCUGGCCUAGGCUGGCCCGAGAUAAGACGGGCCGGCCCCUCUCUUGGCCCAGCCCUCCUGCCUCCGUAUCUAUAAUUGUGAGUUGCCUGACACAACAGUUCCUCUCAGAGGUGCUGCCUUGGCCCCAGUUCAAGUAUUUAAUCGGGAAACGGCGGGGCUGCUUGUCUCCCUGGUGUUCCCGCGGCUCCGCCCCGUUGUACCUGCUCCCUGGUUCUCUGGAACUCUCUCUCUCAAGCGCAUUCAGCCCCAGCUCCUGGAGAGCGCACAGCUCCUCUGGGCCCCCGAGCUGCCCCGGACCAGAGCUGCGCUGGCCGGCUCUCUGAGGCCAUGGAGGUGAAGAUCUCCCUGUGGCAUCACUACCUGCACGCCAUCCAGUCCCGCGAGACCCCCAAGAUCCAGGACUACCAGAGAGCCGAGAACGUGCUGCUGACUGUGCUCGAGAGGGUCCAGGAGCUGGACUCCCGCUUCCAGGUGGAUUACUCCAGGGAUCUGGAGGCCUUCCACUUUGCCCUGCGCACCUCCGAGGAUGACCUGACCAUAGAAGUGCCCCUCUGGGUCAAUUCUGACGCCCUUUUGGUCCAGGAGGCCAGGGACGGUGGGCUGGAGGAAAGGGGGCUCCGGGAGAACCUGCCCAGCCCAGCUUCCUACAGCCUGGGCGUCCCCUGGGAUGUGGCCGGCCUGGAGAGGUGGAUGACUGAGGACGUCUUCAGCCCAUCCAAGAGCCCUGAGUGCCAAGGUUACAUCCUGCCCAGCAAAGUCCUCAGGCGGCUGAAGGAGCUUCUUGUGGCCGCCAUCGUCCACUGCAAGCACCACUGCCUCAUCAUGCCAGGUUCCCUGAAUGCAGCAAAUUUAAAGGAAGAAGAUCUCCACAUGUCCUUGCUGGUGUCCAGUGGUUGGAGAAUGAUCCGGUUCAACAUCAUCCCUGUGCUGAAGAAGAACCACAAGAUCCUUCACCUUCAAAGGAAGCAACUGGCCGGAGAAUUCCCAGAUGACAGCUUGGAGAAAAUUCAGCGCCAAGGAGCUGAUCUUAUACCCUCAAGUUCCCAUCAUUGGCGGAUCUCCACCGACAACCUCAUUACCAAACUCCUCAGCAUUGUGGGUUCCCUCAAAGGCCACCGUCUCGACAGCCUCUCCAUCUUGGAUAGGGUCAACAAUGAGGGUUGGCGUGAGGGAGGCAAGAAGGCCGGCCUCACAUUUGACCACCUGAAGAUGGUGCUUCUGUGGGCCACCGAACUCUUCCCAUCCCCAGAAGACUGGAGUGACCUGGAAAGUUCUGUGUACCGGUUGCUGGUGAUCUUGCUCUGCUGCCUGGCCACCAAAAAACUUCCUCACUUCCUCUUCCCCCAACACAAUCUCUUCCAAGGUCAAGGUCUUGACCUGAACUCUUUGUACCAACAAGUUGAACAGUUUGCUGGGCAGCCGGAGCAGUUCCUGAAGAUCCACGUGACCCAUCUGUUCUCCAGCUCCCCGAGGAUAGACAACGGCAUCAAGGCGUUCCUGCAGCUCCCUGCCAACAACCAGACCUACUGGGAUACUGCCUAUUUUGAUGUCCUCCUGGAUAAGUUCCAGGUCUACAACAUUCAAGAUAAAGAUCGGAUUUCGGCAAUGCAAAAUAUCUUCUUGAAGACCAAGAAGUUGGAGAAUUCUUCAAGCUGAGCUGCACUGGUUUUUAUGCUUGAGACAUAUAGCCUUUUGGGGAAUCUGCUCAGGAGGUCACUGGGCCCUCAUGGGGACCUCCGUCCUCUGGACACUCCCCUUUCCUUUUCCUUGCCUUCGGACGAUGCCUCAGAGCACCAUGGGACAAGAUGGGAGGGGAAGGCAUCGGUUUUCUGAGAGAUCUUGGCAUUCAGCUUGUUCUCCCAGAAUGCAAGAGGUGAUGGGCUCUGUCUGGAGAACAGACAUUGGUGGAUGAGUAUCUGAAUAUUGGGAUUUUCCAUUGUGACAAAAGUCCGCCAGCACGGUGCUGUCAUAACCAUAUUCUAUUACACCAAAGUAUAGUCUUUGGUCCCUAGGGUUAGG